CAUCACCAGCGCGCUGGUCGGGACCCGCGGGAAGGGCGCGCCCAGCUUUGAGCGACAGCUGGCAGUCGCUGAGGGACAGGAGACAGGCUGACCCCGAGGACAGCCUUGGGAUGAUAAUUCAGCCUGUGUGGACCCAUGCGCUUUCAUCCCCACCCCUAAUAAAGAAGAGGACGAUGAGCUUGAGUACCCCAAGACUGCGUUUCAGCCUCGGAAAAUCAGGCCACCCAGGGCCUCCCCACUUCCAGUCUUGAACUGGGGCAAUAGAGAAGAGGUUUGGAGGAUCAUGUUAAACAAGGAGAAGAUUUACCUAAGAGAUGAGCACUUUCUGCAACGCCAUCCUCUCCUGCAGGCAAGGAUGCGAGCAGUUCUUCUGGAUUGGCUAAUGGAGGUGUGCGAAGUCUAUAAGCUUCACAGGGAGACAUUCUAUCUGGCGCAAGACUUCUUUGAUCGUUACAUGGCAUCACAACAAAAUAUACUGAAAACACUUUUACAGCUCAUUGGGAUUUCAGCUUUAUUUAUUGCUUCUAAACUUGAGGAAAUCUACCCUCCAAAGUUGCACCAGUUUGCUUACGUUACAGAUGGCGCUUGUUCCGGAGAUGAAAUUCUCCAGAUGGAAUUAAUGAUGAUGAAGGCCCUUAAGUGGCGUUUAAGCCCAAUGACCAUUGUGUCCUGGCUGAACGUGUAUGUCCAAGUGGCUUAUGUCAAUGACACAAGCGAGGUGCUACUGCCUCAGUACCCACAGCAGGUCUUUGUGCAGAUUGCUGAGCUUUUAGAUCUGUGUGUCCUGGAUGUCGGCUGCUUAGAAUUUCCUUAUGGUGUCCUUGCUGCUUCUGCCUUGUAUCAUUUCUCCUCCAUGGAACUGAUGCAGAAGGUUUCAGGGGAUCAGUGGUGCGACAUAGAGAAAUGUGUCAAGUGGAUGGUUCCGUUCGCCAUGGCCUUCCGGGAGGUGGGAAGCUCCAAGCUCAAGCACUUCCGGGGAGUUCCCAUGGAAAACGCCCACAACAUCCAGACCCACGCCAACAGCUUGGAUUUGCUGGACAAAGCCCAGGCAAAGAAAGCCAUAUUGUCAGAACAGAACAGGAUCUCUCCUCCUCCCAGUGGGGUCCUGACACCCCCACCCAGCAGUAAGAAGCAGAACAGUGAGGAGGAGACAGAAUGAGCAAACCUGCCAAAGACAGUGUUGUGGAAGCAGCUGCCUGGAGCUCCUUUGCUGCCUAGGAGGUUGGGAGCCCCUGCUGAUGCUCUGCGGAAAGGCGUAUCUCUUCCAGAGCAGCGGGCGUCUUCAAAAUGGCCUCGGACAGAAGUGCUUGUAUGGAAUGCUAGUUGUUUUAACAAUAGGGUUGAGGACACCAGCCACCUCCAGAACGCCGCUGAGUGCUCCAGAAGCUGCUAAGGAGGGUGCUACUUGACCCACUGGACUCUUCACACAUGACAAAAGCUUGAAAUUAAGGAGGCCACGGUUGCUGCUGGCCUCUGCCCGGGUGUUUGGGGUUGCUGUUGUGUUGGGUGGGACAGGUGGUUGUGAGCAAGCAUGGGAUGCCGAGCCCACAGCCUGGGCCAGGCCGACCGUUUCCACUGUCAGCUGACAGCAUGUCCUGCCUUUCAUGAACUCUUGGUUUGUAAGUGCUGCUAUGUCUAUCCAUUUUUAAUAAAGAGAAUACUAUCUUUGAA